AUGGCCCUCAUAAUGCCAACUUCUACAAGCUUUGGGAUGAACUUAGAAAGGUAUAUAUGUCUGUAUACAUGGCUCUCAUUAUCCUUAGUAGUUAGUAAUGCUACUGCAACCCUUAAAUUUGAAUGUUGCAUUUGUUACCUUUUCAUUUUUUGGGUGGUGGCUUAUUCCUGUCCUAUUGUUUUAUUUACCCGCCAACCAUCUCUUUCUUCACUUCGUUCAACUGCACUAUCUGCUGCAGAAAAGAGAAGCCGUAUGAAUUCUCUUCUACCAUCUGGACCAAAGCGUCUUGGUGGAGAUAGCACAAUUAUGGUUGCGCUUAGUCCAGUACAAGCUGCUGCUAUGGCUGCAGAAAGGAGAUUACAGGAUGACAUUUGGUGUGGAUCUGUGUCUUGUGACGCUUCUGAGUGUGGAGAAAGUAGCUCUGAUAAACCAGAGGACCUUUCACAUGUCAAGCAAACUGCAGGAAUCUCAAAGGUUCAUAGCACUUCUAGUGCUUAUGCCUCAAACUCAAUAUCUCGAAAAAGAAGCCGCGAAUCCAGUAACUUUUCCCCAGCUCAACCUCCUAAUGGCCACUCACAAUCCAAUUUUAUUGAUUUAUCUGGUGCUUCACCUUCUGGGCUCAACUCUGAUCAUGAUUCAGAACACAACACACAGGAAACUACUAUGUGGGGGUGUGAAACAUGCACUUUGUUGAAUCCACCAUUGGCUCCAAUAUGUGAGGUUUGUGGGACACCAAAGCCAAGGGACAUGAGUAACAAAUACAAACUUUGGUCAUGUAACUUGUGUACUUUGGAAAAUAGUGUGAAGUUGGAUAAAUGUUGUGCAUGUAGUCAGUGGAGAUACUCACAUGGUCCACCUGUGGCAUCCCAACCACCUAACCUGGGCACCUAAAAUGGUAAAGUCCCUUCUCUUUUUUGGUCCUUGAAACCGUAGUUUUCCAAGUUGGUGUACCUUAUAGUCUCCAUAGGGGUGGCUUUCCAUUCGAGCUAUAACACUAUUUUGGUAAGGGGCUUCUCCUUCUUUCUGGGAGCAUCAUUCUAUUACUUGUGAAUAUAAUGUAAAGAAAUAUUGAUGAAUCUCACAGCCAAGUAAAGAAA